CUUCUACUUCCUCGGUGAGUUCAAUUCGUUUUUGUUGGUGUUUGGCCUAACAGUCAGCUGAUCUCUGAGGUUCUGUUAGAAUGACAUCAGUCAGAGAGAAGAUUGGAUCUUCUGGGUUCCACCGAACGGUGCUGAAGAACGGCUCGCCUUACUGCUAUAUGAAAGUCUGCCUGGUUUUACAGGAUCAGGAAACCAGACUGAAUGCAGUUGAACUGAAGAGUUUAAUCAUCACUGGCCUGAAGGAUCUACAUGGAGAGGUGGGAGCAGCCCUGCCCUUUGAUGUGUUGAAGUUUGAUGAAGGGUCUCUCACUGCUGUGCUGCGUGUUUGUAGUGGAGGUCUGGUGAAGUUGUGGAGCUCCCUAACUCUGCAGGGUUAUUACCAGAGCCAGGCCUGUGCCUUCAGAGUCCUGCAGGUGUCUCCAUUCCUGCUGGCGCUGACCGGAAACAGUCGUGAUCUGCAGCUGGACUGAGGCCAAAGGCUGUUUUCUUUAACCAUGGAUUUUGUUUGGAGGAGAUUCGUUAACAGGCUUUGCUGUUCAUCCAUCAGAGCUCCUCCUCCCCUCACAAGGCAGCUCCAUGUUGGACAGCGAGCAUCCCUCAUCAAAACCUUUUGCUCUCAUGACUUGGAACUGUUUGCUGCUCUGACAGGUGACACCAACCCUGUCCACCUGGACCCAGCCUAUGCCAGUACCACCUGUUUUGGGAAACCCAUUGUGCACGGUGUCCUCAUCAAUGGCCUGAUCUCGGCCGUGCUUGGCACCAAGAUGCCUGGGCCCGGCUGUGUCUUCUUAUCCCAAGAAAUCCGCUUCCCGGCACCGCUGUAUGUUGGAGAGGAAGUACUGGCUGAAGCCAAGGUCCGUCAAAUCAAGAUGUUAUUUGCCUUCAUUACUGUGACGUGUUCUGUAAAGGACAAAGUGGUGAUGGAGGGGGAAGUGAUGGUGCGGAUGCCUGUGGGACAACGGCAAUAGGACUGAAAGGAGAAAGAAGAGACUAAGGCAAAUGGGACAGAACUGUAUUAUCACAUGUUGUAUGUUUAUAAAUGGUUUUCCCUACAGAUGGGGUUGGUUUGUCCAUAACUGACUUUUCUCUCAAGGGUGAAAACGUUGGCAGUAAAAAUUAAAAAUACUUCCCUAAACAAAA